AUGAACGUGAAACCACUGGGACGAGCCUUUGUACGACGACAUGAGCUCUUCCGCCGUAAUCCGGCCAUGGGAAACUCUCGUCGCUUACUCCACCUCGCGCCCCCGUUCCUCCUUGAGGACUACAUGCCUAGGUACAUGACAUUGUCUUCCAUCGAUGAAUCCAAGAAGCGAUCCAAGGCCUACGCUCAUCUUGCCAACUGCAAUCUAUGUCCGCGACUAUGCGGGGUCAACCGCUUUGAAAAGACUGGAAUGUGCCUGGUUGGCAACAACACGAAGGUCAAUGUGAUUGCGCCGCAUUUCGGUGAAGAACCAUGCAUCCAGGGACACAAUGGCAGCGGCGCCGUAUUCUUCUCGGGCUGCAACCUCCGCUGCGUCUUCUGCCAGAACCAUGAUAUCGCCCAUCAGCGCAACGGCCAGGACCUGACGCCUGAGGAGCUGGGCGAAUGGUACAUCAAGCUGCAGCAAGUCGGCCGCGUCCACAACAUCAACCUCGUCACCCCGGAACACGUUGUUCCCCAGGUUGUGCUCAGUAUCCUACAUGCGAAGGAGCUAGGCCUGAGGGUUCCAAUCAUCUACAACACUUCCAGCUUUGACUCGCUGGCGUCUCUUGAACUGCUCGAUGGCUUGGUGGAUAUCUACCUCCCCGACUUCAAGGUAUGGGAGGCGGCCACGUCCAAGCGCCUUCUGAAGGCAGACGACUAUGCAGCCACCGCACGCGAGAGCAUCAAGGCGAUGCACAAACAGGUCGGCGACCUGUGCUUUACUGGGGACGGCAUCGCCAAAAAAGGCCUUCUUGUGCGGCACCUGGUGAUGCCCGGAAAAGAAGCAGAGGGCCAACGGAUCAUGCAGUUCCUGGCUGAGGAGGUCUCCAGGGACUGCUUCGUCAACAUCAUGGAGCAAUACCAUCCGGAUGCUCAUGUCGGCAAGCCCAAGAGGCGCACAAAGGACGACACCGAAGACCAGGGCGCGGUGCGGUACAACGAGAUCAAUAGGGCAGUGUCAGGAGACGAGGUUUCGUCGGUGCGUAGGGCCGCAGAGGCAGCUGGUCUGUGGCGCUUCUGCGAUCCUCCCAGACACGACGGCUUUAACAUCUGA